UCGCCUAGCAAUGACGUCAGGGUGUGCUCCAUCGGUGGUGACGCCCAGUAAAUAAAAAACUGCUAAUAUUAAGACUAAAUAUUAUUGCAUUUCAUUAAUGGAUAACUUACAGAAGCUUUAUUUCUUUUAUGAGUUGAAUCGAUCUUUAAAAUAAAUGUAUUUUUACCUGUCAUAACAAAAGGUGCGCAGUUGCGAAAACCGUUCAGUAUUUUUGUUGUCCAUCUGCGUUGGCUAAAGGCAAGUAGUGGAAUCAUUUUCGUUUGCUUCUAGUACUGGGGAGUCCACUUAACGAAACUGCUGCAAUCUUUUAACCUGUUCGCAGCAUUAACCCCAGGCAGCUAGCUAACGACCAGAACAGAAGACUGUGCGCAGUAGAAAACGGUGAAGUCUGUGUUUGUGCUGCAACGGAGAGGCUAGUGUUCUUCCAGGGUAAGAGUGAAAUGACGUACUCUGACAAGUGGCUAACAUGUGAUCAUUAACUGUCUGAGGAAGCACAAGCAAGGGAGAUAACACAGCACUGUUCUCUAAAGACACCUCUCUCUGGGUGCCAGUUGAUGCAAUGGCAAGCAGGAGGAAGUCAACAACACCUUGCAUGGUCAUUCCUUCAGACACUAUGGAACAGGACCCAGAUAUGGAGGUGACAGAGGGGGAGGAUGGUGCAGAGAAUGCAGCUGAAGCCCCUUUAGAAAGCGCCACGAUCCCCGCUGAAAAUGAGCCAGAUGACGACGACACGCGAGACGUUGAGCGCUACGUCAAAUCCAUGGCAUCGAGAAUGGUGGAAGGCGAGUACAAAUGCGCUCACUGCAGCUACCAGACCCCAGAGCUCAACGCGUUCACAUUCCACGUUGACUCUGAGCACCCAAACGUGGCCUUGAACUCAUCCUACAUUUGCGUGGAGUGCAACUUUCUCACCAAGCAGUAUGAUGCACUGUUGGAGCACAAUGCCCACCACCACCCAGGGGAAGAUGGCUUUGCACGGGUUAUAGCGAGGCACGGCGGCCGAACGGUCUCCGAUCAAGCCAGUGAUGCCCCCUUCAAUGGUGAUUCGGUGCAGCAGGAGGCUGGAGCUUCUGAGGAUGUGGCAGUCCACGGAAUCUCACUAAGCAAGACGCCCAUCAUGAAAAUGAAGAGCAGAGCUGAGGCUAAGAGGAUCGCCGUGUCCCACAAAGUAGCCGAUGAAGGUGAGGCGAGGGCGGAGGGUGAGGAGGCGGUCCCCUUGGCCAUGCCCACCCCCGCUGAGGCGGCAGUAGCUUCGCUCCCUGUUGAGCCAGCAAAACCCAGUGUAAUCGUCAGCAACCCUAACCCUGUCCUGGCAGAAUCAAAGAAGGCCACUGUAAACCCCGCCACCAUGCUUCCCGCGGGUCUGGCCCAGAUCCUGUCUGCCCUUCAGGCCCACCAGAACGCCCAGACGCAGCUCCUCAUUCCAGUUAGCAGCAUCCCCACGUACAAUGGGGCCAUGGAUAACAACGCUCUGCUGAUCAGCACCUACAACAAGUUCCCUUAUCCAUCCGCAUCGGAGAUUUCCGGACUGGCAGCCCAGACUAAGUAUGGGGAGGAGCAGAUUAAGAUCUGGUUCUCUGCCCAGCGGCUGAAGCACGGCGUGAGCUGGACUCCCGAGGAGGUUGAGGACGCCAGGAGGAAGCAGUUUAAUGGAACAGUGCACACUGUGCCACAGACUAUCACAGUGAUUCCAGCCCACCUCUCUGCUGAGGCCAAUGGCCUGCAGUCUAUACUACAGACCUGUCAGAUCAUGGGGCAGCCAGGCCUGGUGCUGACACAAGUGGGGAGCCCCAGCAGCUUCCCUGUGACCACGCCCAUCACCCUAGCUGUGGCAGGGGUCCCUGGCCAGGUGGCGCCACCUAAGCCUGCUGCCAGCCAGCCAGCCUCAGCUACUGUAGAGACCAAAAGAGCCACCACUAUCCAGCCCCCUACAUUGACCCCGCAGGAGAACUCUGCGCUCAGCGCUGACCACUUCGGCUUGCGGCCCAAGAAGUCCAAGGAGCAGCUGGCGGAGCUGAAGGCCAGCUACCUGAAGAACCACUUUGCUAGUGAUGCUGAGAUUGCCCGGCUGAUGAAACUGACCAACCUCACCAAGGGCGAGAUCAAGAAGUGGUUCAGUGACACACGUUACAACCAGCGCAACUCCAAGAACAGCCACAUCAUUGUCUUCAACGAAGGCCCCUCUUCUGGUAACAGCAGCACCAUUGUGAUUGACUCCAGUGACGAAACAGCGGAGCCUGUCCCACAAGCACCUGUACCCAUGAAAGAGAAAGAAACUCGAAACAAAUCCUGGAACCCGUUCCCUGACUUUACGCUCCAGAAGUUCAAGGAAAAGACCCCAGAGCAGCUGGUGGUCUUGGAGGAGAGCUUCCAGAAGUGUGAUACACCCACAGAUGAAGAGUUGAAUCGGCUGAGAACAGAGACUAAGCUCACCAGGCGAGAGACUGAUGCCUGGUUCACAGAAAAGCGGAAAUCAAUGGCAGAGCUGGCUGAACUCCGAUCAGAACGUAUGUACAAUGAGGCGACUAAAUCGCCUUCAACCUCCAGACAGGGGGCCCGGGCUCAGACCCCACCUGGCGGGCGACGGGGAAGCAAGGAUAAGUUUGGGAAGAAAACCCCUGAGCAGCUCCAUGUCUUGAAGAAUGCUUUUGUGCGCACACAGUGGCCCUCAACUGAGGAGUAUGACCAGCUGGCUGAGGAGAGUGGCCUACCCAGGUCAUACAUCGUCAAUUGGUUUGGAGACAGCCGCUACGCAUGGAAGAACGGCAAUCUGAAGUGGUUCUUCUACUACCAAAGUGGAAAUGCGGGAGCCAUGAACGGAAGUGGGAACAAGAAGAGAGGGCGGGCCCGAACUCGGAGCAAAGGCCGAGGAAGGUCUUGGGGGAGGAGGGCCAAGAAGUCUGCCCUAGGCAGAGGCAAGUCGCCCCCGACAAUGAAGUUCAAAUCGGGGAAAGAGAUCCUGAAGGAAUACUACCUGAAGUACAAGUUUCUGAAUGAGCAGGACCUGGAUGAGCUUGUGGCGAAGUCCAAUAUGGGCUAUGAGCAGGUGAGAGAGUGGUUUGCUGAGGUCCAUCGUAGGGAGGACGCUGGUGUGACCCUGUUUGACGAUACUGCAGAAAACGAGGAGGAAGAGGAGGAAUCCCCAGGUGAGAGUGAGAUGGUAGCUGAAGAGCAGGGAGAUGGCAUUGGUGAUGAAGAUGAUGAGGAAGGUGAAUCUGAUGACAGUGACAGUUGGGAGCCACCACAGAGUGUCAGAAGAACGCUGGCUGUAUCUGAGGCUUGAGGCUUGAUAAUGGACAAAAGAAUGAUCUGUGUUUUAAGAAGAGUGAAGCUGGAAGACUAUGACGUGCGAAUGGAGUGAGGAAGAUUCCAUUACUGUGUCUAACAGUAAAGUGCCUGGAUGCGAAGGAACGGUUCAAGACCGCAGUGGAUCUGCGGUGCCAAAGCAACAGUGCUGGCUUUGGUUUCCUGUGCUGUUAGCCCGGUUCCCCAUCGCGAAUCAUGUUUGCACCUUUAAGAUCCAGCAGAUUUAUUCUCUCAGCAAAUAAUGCGUUCAGUAAUUUGAUCAAAAUGAGAACAUCUGUCAUGUCGGUUUGGUCAUCUUGAACUGUGUGUUAAAGAUGACAGCCCCCUGAUUGUUUUCCUUUCUCUUCUCCAUUCUGUUAAUCAGAAGGAAUUGACUACAUUUAGAUUAAAAAAUUUUUUUUAUUUUUUAAAAACACACACACACACACACAAAGGAGUAACCUGUGCUUUUGAUUUUAGUCUCCCUGUAGAUCGGUGCUUAACUGCGGUUAUAUUAAUUUCAAAGGGUCAGAUUUUUAAAAUGUUUUUACACAGCUGUUGGAAGUCUCUUUAAAGCACAGAGAGCAGGCAGUUUCCUGAGAUGUGAAGAGGAGGAGCCAUUUUUUUGCCCUGCAAGUGUUUAAAAAAAAAAUAAUAAUAAAUAAAAAAAAAAACACUCCCUGGUUCAGUCAAGUUGGACUAUAUUAAACCCCAAGUUUUCUGGUAUGCAGAAGGAAAUCAGGUGGCAAGAAGGAAGCAGAACUACAUGUACAUAGGCCUUGCCUGAAAAAGAAUUUGACAUGCAUACAAUACAGUGAAACAAGUCUUUCAAGCAUCUUUAAUUACAGGGUCUGUAAUGUUUUAAAGUAGUAUAUACAAUUAUUUAUUGUUUGAUAUGUUUGUUUUUUUUUUUUUUUUUAAGAAAAAAAAGAAAAGGAACUAAACUGUAGAGCAAUAACAUUUAAUUUCGAAAGGACUUGGCAUGUCCAGUGAUGGACAAAUAAAAUUUAAAUGCAUGUAAAGCAAUGCACUUUGCUUGGAUGUAGCCUGGAGAGAGUAUGGAGAAUGCCCUUCUGUACCACUGAGAGCAUGUGCCACUCAUUAUUGACACUGCGGUGCAGUGCAGAGGUUAGGGGUACUCUAAAAAUGCACCCCUCAAAUGUUCUGUGUGCGUACCUUCAGUGCCCCCACUUACAGUAGCCCACGAGGGAAGGCAGAAGAGAACCUUACUUUGUACAUAAAGUAUUUCUCUCGGUCGUAUUUUACAGUAGUAGUUUUUAACGGUUUUAUACUUUUUUAUAUUUAAGGUUGUGAUUGAUCUAGCCUUAGCUUCCACGCUUUGCUCCUGUGGUGUUCAUAGACAUUUAACGAAUACAGUGUUUAUUUUUCCCCGAUAAGCAAUGUCGGGAAAUUGGAAGGCAUGAAGAUGUAAACCGAUACAGCAUCUGUUUGUCUUCCUGUGAACUAGGUGUCAGUCGCUUCUGCCUGCAUAAGGUGACUUUAGCUUGUAGCUUAGGUAUUCACUACACAGUGGAGCUACACCUGUAUUGUAAUUUGAUAGAAAUGUGGUGAUUGCUGGAAUGAAGGUUUUUUUUUUUUUUUAAACUGGCAUUUUUAUCUUUUAAGAGAUUACAGCUCAGCCUUGUUCCAUGUGCCAUAUCAUGUGUCAAUCGGGAGGAUGUGUCAAUCAUUUCUUUAUCGUGGACUUACUUCAAAUAGUGGUUACACAAGCCUGAAUUUCUUUAAACAUGGAUCCUCUAAAAUGGUUGUUCAAAAUCAUUAAAAAGCUAAAUUGUAUUAUUUUAUGGGGUUGCAUCAAUAGCAAAUCUUGUAAUUGUUUCUGGCAAUUAAAAAAGGUGUUUGCCAUUACUGUAGUAAUUUAAGCAAACAGUCAUGUGAUGAUUGUGAAUUAUGCAUGUAAAUGAGGUAUACACAUAUAACACGGUAUAUGAAUUACGUGCUGUAUAUGUAUACCCAAACACACAUGCUUGUAUAUAAUAUAGGGAUAUACUGUGGACCCUUGAAUGCACUUCAUCUGUGGCAAGAGCUUUAUUCCGUAGAAUAGGCAUUGUGUAACACAGUUAAUUUAAGUUUGAGUAAUGAUUUAAGGUGUAGCCUAGGGAUAAAAUAUAUAUUUAUAUACUUGUGUUUGAAAAUCGUAUCUAAUAAAAUGCAAGGAAACA